CUAUAUACAAGGGUUUUCCAUCAUGUCCACCGAGGAAGGUCAAUAUAACGUUCAAGGUUACAACAUCGUAACUAUUCUCAAGCGUCUUGAAGCCGCUACUUCCCGUCUUGAAGACAUCACCCUUUACCAGGAAGAGGCCAACAAGAAACGCAUUGCCAACGAACCAAAAACUUCAAUUGACAGCUCUUCUUCUAUGCAAACUACCCAAUCUAAUCCUGAAGAAAAGCCAAAGUCUAUUCCUGAAGAAAAACCAAAAUCUGUGGUUGUAUUUGAACAAUUCAUUUCUGACCAUGUUGUCCCCUUUGCUGAUACUUCCAAAAGCAUUGAUUCUGUAAUUGGUGAUGCUGCACAAUUGCUCGUUGAAGCAUUUAAGUCCCAAUCUUCGUUUUUAGAAAUUGUUUCCAAGUCCAAGAAACCAGACAUGAACGAUCCAACUUUCCUUAAAGUUCUCGAACCAAUGAAUAAACGUAUCAACUCAAUCAUUGAAAUCAAGGAAGCCAACCGUACUUCCCCAUUUUUCAACCAUUUGAACACCAUUUCCGAAGGUGUUCCUGUCUUAGGGUGGAUUGUCAGUGACACUCCAGUCUCUCUCAUCCCGGAAUUUAAAGACAGUUCCAAGUUUUGGAGUGACCGUGUGUUGAAAGAAUACAAGCAAAAGGACGAAAAACAUGUUGAUUGGGUCAACAAGUUCAUGGCCAUCUUUGACGAGUUAAAGAAUUACGUCAAAGAAUACCAUGCCACUGGUCCUAGCUGGAACUCCAAGGGAUCACACUUGGAAGAAGUUGUCAAGUCCCAGCAGCCAGCUACCGAAGGGGGUGCUCCACCACCACCUCCUCCACCUCCACCACCUCCUCCAGCAAACUUGUUUGACGAUACCUCUUCUGCUAAAUCUGCUCCUGCUCCAGCUGGUGGUAUCAAUGCUGUCUUUGCUGAACUCAACAAGGGUUCGGAUAUCACUGCCGGAUUAAAGAAGGUUGACAAGUCAGAAAUGACUCACAAAAAUCCAGAAUUGAGAAAACAACCACCAGUUGCACCAAAGAAACCACAAAGUUUAUCCUCGCGUGCAAGUGAUGCUCCUGCUGCCGCUGCUGCUGCUGCUGCUCCUACUCCAGCUGCCAAGCCUCCAAAGAAGGAAUUGGUGGAUGGUACCAAGUGGGUUAUUCAAAACUACACAAAGUUAGACGCUAGCGAACCUAUCAUCAUCGCUGUUGAAAUGCAUCAAUCUGUGUUUAUCGGUAAUUGUCAAGAUAUAACGAUCCAACUUCAAGGUAAAGCCAAUGCUGUUUCCCUCCUGGAAACCAAGAAUGUCGGAUUAGUUAUUGAUUCCCUUAUUUCUGGAGUAGACGUUAUUAAGUCGAUCAAGUUUGGCUUGCAAGUCACUGGAUUUGUGCCUAUGAUCAGUAUCGACAAGAGUGAUGAAGGAACUGUCUACUUGUCUAAAGAAUCCGUCGAUGGUGAUAUUCAAGUGUUUACCAGUUCUACCACAGCAUUGAACAUUAAUGUCCCUAUUGAAGACGAUUAUUCCGAAUUGGCAGUUCCUGAACAAUUUGUUCAUCGUGUCAAGAACGGUAAGUUGGUCAGUGAAAUUGUUGAACAUGCAGGUUAGUUUAAGCAAAUACAUUUUAUUUUUAGAAGUCGAGUAAAUUUGUAGAGAAAUAAGAGGUCUUACUUCAAACAAAGAAUCUGGAUUUCUUUCAUCACAUUUCUAUUCGCUAUAUGAUGAUACCCUGCAAUAGUGAGAUGAUUGAAGUUUGGAAACAUUCCUCUCGGUUCCAAUAGUGUUCUGAUUGCAAGAAAAUGAGCUGGCUUUGCUUCAAGGCUACUGUCAUAGACAUUUUUACCAUACAACAUGGAAAUUAUUUUUAUAUAUUCUAUCAAAUUUUUUGUGAAUCCAUGAAUAAACUGGGAAAGUUAGCGCUCGA